CGUCAUUUGCGCUGCGUCCAUGUUGUCCUCCAGCCCGUUCAGUUAUCACUGGGAGAAAGAAGCAGUCUGUAUGCCGUAGCUUUUUGUGCUUCCAGUAGGUUGUACAUUGUAUUUAUUCUGUAUCAAUGAUUGGGGGUAUUUAGAAGAGCGCAACUCUGCAGCUUUAUGUGAAUGAGGUCAGCGGACUCGAGGAAGAAUUCACCACCGUGUUCUUGUGAAGCAGAGAGUCUUUGACAGAGAGAGUCCCUGCAGCAAAAGUCGCAAAUGCUUGAUGAUCACCAGAUUCAUAGAGACUUGAGAUCAUUUUCCAGAAGCUACUAUGCCAUCCCUGUCAGAGCAGCUGCAGGAUGCACGGAGUCGUGCUGAAGUGUGCCUGUACUCUGGGGGCAGAGUGGUGGAGGUGCGGACCGGGGUGAUGGCUUUGGCUAAUCUGCCCUUGCCACCUUGUUCCAAGUACCGCCACAUUGCUGCAGAGACCAUGGUCAUAGAGAACAGCUUUGGCAACAACAGAAAGGAGACCCUUGCAUCUCUUCAGCGCUUGUCUACUGCAUUAAACAUCCUAGAAAAGUAUGGAUGUAACUUAACUAAUCCCAACAGGCCAAAAUACUGGAGGACCGUGAAACACAACAACCCAGUGUUUAGGGCCACUGUUGAUGCUAUUCAGGGAGGACGAGCAGUGCUUUAUCUCUAUGGUUACUCCAAUCAGCAACCAGAUGGACUCAGCUUCCCUGAUGAUGUCACAGAUCCUGAUGUGGGCCGAGUUGCUGCAGUAACACUAGAAGUGAUGAGCCUGAGGAUGGAACUAGAAAUGCUUAUCAAGGAGGCUCAUCCACACCCUGAGUUCUAUGAGAGAAUUAUUCCUACACUGAGACACAAGGAUGUGGGUCUCAACACUGACGCUAUGGUCUACACCACUAACUCCAGUUCAGGUCAUUCAGACAGCCAGACCAAGUCUUUAGCCCUCCCCCUCCACCAUCGCUCCUUCAAAGAGAGCAGACAUGGCCACUCCCUAACCACCAACUACCAAGGUCUGAGGUCCAUACAGGUCUUUCCCACCUCCUCAGCUAAGCAUCCAGAGAACUGCACUAUUUGUGGACUAUUCCGUAUCUCUGCCCACUGCCUCACCUGCCUGCAGGGGCUCUGCUCAGAGUGUGACAGACUGUAUCACUUGUACCCUGAAAGGGCCAGCCACCGUCGAACAGCUGUCACAGCAUCAUCCAAAAACAAGAACAGUCACAGGUCUUCCACAUGGCGUUGCCUUCACUGUACUAAAGUCAACUCUGUCCAGGAUGUGCUAUGUGAGCAGUGUGAGCGCCCUCGACUAGAAUCCACCAGCUUUAAAGGAGAUGAAUGUCAGCCUGCCACUGUCUCUGAAUGGCAGUGUAAGAGCUGUACCAUGGUGAAUGCAGCCAGCAGUAUUUUAUGUGAAGUGUGUGAAAGACCUCGCUUGGCCACACGCCCUCCAGUGACCCCUUCACACCCACCAAUCACCCCACCGAGACCACCAGCACCAGUACUUGGAAUGCCCGGGGAUCCUGACAGUCAGUGGGUGUGCCAGUUCUGUACCUAUCUUAACUACUCUCCUGCAACAGUGUGUGAGAUGUGUGACCUGGCUCGUCCAGAGCCUGCACCACUGCCUGUGAAGCUCCGCCCUCCCUCUCCUGUCAGACGGGUCCCUGCCCUACCAAUCAAACGCAAAGAGGUGGUCCCUGCAGACCUGGAUUCCUGGAGGCAAAAACUGAUGAAGGAGGAAGGGCUGAAGCUAAUUCAGCUAAUUAGAGAUGGGGAGAAGAAAGGAGUGAGCCCAGAGGAGGUGUACACAAGCAUGAGGGUUGCAGGGGACCACAGCACCCUACCCUGCAAUUGGUUAAAGACGGAGCUUCCUCUGCUUUUAGACCAGAUCAGGAUGUUGGUGGCAACAUCAUCCAUUCAGUCUGUUUCUGACAAGACUGUAACGGAACACACAACCAAGUCAUCUGAAGCUCCUGCUGAAGAUGCUGGGAAAGAGUUAGACCUGACAGAAACAGAAAGUGUCCAGCUGUCCAGAGCAGAAGCCAAGCAGGCAUGGCUAAUAGCAGGAGGUGACACUGAAAGAGCUGCCAGACAAGCUCUGAGAGACAGACUUGCCAAGGUGAAAGAACUCUUUUCAUUGGGCUUCAGUGAUGAAGCUCAGUGUCAUGAUGUUUUGAGGCAGAGUGGUGGUGAGGUGAGAGGGGCUUUAGCCCUACUGCAGCGACCCCUCCUAGAAUCUUUUCACAAAUGCAUUUGGAGUGACAAGCCUGAACCUCCCAUAGAUAUCAAUCUUCCUGACAGACAGCGCAUAUGUCGGAGGCUCCUAGCAGUGUAUGAUCUUCCCAGCUGGGGUCGCUGUGAGUUGGCUCUGUCCCUGCUUCUGGAACACAGUGCUCCUUACUCACUAGAAGAUGUAGUGCAGGCUGUACAAGAGUCCCAUGACAGGGAGUUUAUCAAGAGAGUGCUUGCUAAAGAGUGUCCCAUCUGCCUUUCUAUUUUCCCCCAUAGCAAGAUGCAGUCCUUGACAUCGUGCCAGUGUUCUGUGUGUUGUGGUUGUUUCCAGCAGCACUUCACCAUUGCUGUAAGGGACAAACACAUUAGAGACAUGGUGUGUCCAGUCUGCUGGGAGCCCGACAUCAACGACCCUGAACACCUUAACAGCUACUUCUCUACCCUGGACAUCCAGCUGCGAGAGUGUCUGGAGCCAGACGUCUAUGAGCUGUUCCAUAAGAAGCUGACAGAGCAGGCACUGAUCAAAGAUCCUAAGUUCCUCUGGUGCUGCCAUUGUUCAUAUGGGUUCAUCUAUGAUGGAGAUCAGCUGAAAGUCACCUGUUUUCAGUGUCGAAACAGUUUCUGUGCUCAGUGUAAAAAGCCUUGGGAAUCUCAGCAUGGAGGACUAUCCUGUGAACAGUACCAGUCAUGGAAGAGAAAGAAUGAUCCAGAGUAUCAGAGACAGGGCUUGGCUGGAUACCUCAGAGAUAACGGCAUCACCUGUCCUAACUGUCGCUUUCAGUAUGCACUGUCUAAAGGAGGCUGCAUGCAUUUCUGCUGCUCACAGUGUCGCUACCAGUUCUGCAGUGGCUGCAACAACCCUUUCCACACAACCUGUGCAGUGGAUGAGUGCAGUGUGACAGGACUCCAUGCCCAUCAUCCCAGAGACUGUCUCUUCUAUCUGAGAGACUGGGAACCUUCCAGAUUGCAAGCUUUACUGAAGAAUAAUGGAGUAGCCUUCAACUCUGAACCUCCUCCUGUAACACAGACAGGACUUUGUGGAGUAAUAGAACAAAAGGAUGAGGGAGGGCAGCAGCCAGAUUCCGCCUGUGGAGCUCAGACCCAACCUGGACAUGCUGGACUCUGCGAGAAGCAUUACCGGGAGUAUCUGGUCAGCUUGAUCAACAGUUAUUCCAUUGACCCUGCCCCCCUCUACAGCUCAACUGAGCUGCUGCUGGCUUGCAGGAGAUACAAAGUGGAUGAUGCCCACAGAGACGGAGAGGACGCUUUCACCUACUACUGCAGACUGCUCGAAAAACUCAUGGAUGAAGUGCCACUUGGUGAAAAGGUGCCACGCAAGAAAUAAUAAAUGCCUCACUUCCUGUUUCCUGCUGCUGCAAGUAUGUUAAUCUUUCAACUUAAAACCCAGCAGCACAAGACAAGAUAGCAAUGAUACCCCUCCAGGUUUUGUAUUUAUUAAUGUUAGCUAAUAUUUCUCUGCCUGAGUAUUUUUGGUUUCACUUGAUCAGUGACUCACUGUCAAAUGAGAUAUGUAUAGACUGUGGUAGCAGCUCUGAUAAAAAGUAAACUAAAAAAAUGUAGUUUUUAAACAUAAUGAGGCUUUGCUGUUACCUUUUUCUCAAAUUAUGAGCCAGUGUUUUAAAAUAGAACCUUUUCCAGCAACCAUCACUCCUGUGUUCUAAAAGUACAUUGUGUUAGCUACUCGCAUUGAAAGGCUAAUUGAUGACUAGGAAAGCCUUGUGCAAUUAUAUUAGCACAUGAAUAAAAAUAGUGUGAGUUUUCAUGGAAAGCAUGAAAUUGCCUGUUCUUGAGAUCAAUUUGGUCAGAAAUGUGCACUUUGAAUAAUCUGGGAAAUCAGUACGAGUCAGUACAGUUCAACGAUUAGUCCAACUGGUUUGUAGCUGUUGUUUAAAUCUUGAUGCUAAUAUCAGGGAAAGUAUUGAGGUGGCAAGUAACUGUGGUAAUAAAUGAAAAUGUUUUCUGUCGUUGUACACUCUUUAUUUUUGCCCCUGUUAAGAUCUUGUAGGCACGGUCAUGGAUGCGAUUGGUCAGUGGUUGGGCUGUUGACAGAAUUUGAUCUCAUCAAUUGAGCUGGAGCAGAUUUGCAUUGCAGCAGCUAACCAGGAAGCCUAAGUUAAAUGUAAAAUAUCUGCCAAACUCACUAGUUUCACUUCAAGAAACAGUGACACCACAAUACUUGCAGCAGUCCAAAAAUUACAUUGCCAUGAAUUUUGCCUGUAAUGCACAUUUAUCACCAUUUUGUUUUAUUGACAAUGACACAGCAGAUCAACUAUUAUACUAAUAAAGUCACAGUCUCUCACAUGCAAAGUAUUGAUAUACAAAAAGUAUGAACGUGGCACCAGGGUUGAACGGCUCUUUUCUGCCUGCUCAAAGUAAACUCUCUUUCAAAGACAAAGGACUUACACAUUUUUAACAAGAUACUGCCAAAUGGCUUCUUGUGGGAGGUGUCCAUGUUGUGCAGGUAGAGAUUAAAAUAACUUCAGUAAUAACAACCUCAUCAGGAAAAUGCUUGCAAAGUAUUAAAAUAAGUAACAUUGUCCUUUUCUUAUACAUGUCUACAGUAUAAAAUCUGACUUAUUUUUGCAACCAGAGGACUCUGACCCCUGCUUGCUGUCAGAAAGAAUGCUGAUUUGGAGACAUUUCUGCUUUGGCUUUACUUUCCAGACUCCAAGACUAUGUUUAUCUUUACAUACAGUAUAUGCUCUAAACUAGUCAUCUAAAGCAGUAGGCCUGUGCUCAUUAGUACACAGCUAAAGGGAGAUUUAAGAUUGUUUUUGUUGUCUUGUUUCAGGGUUUUCUUUACAGCAUUUUUUUCUUAUGUUGCAGCCACUUUUUUGUGCUAAUUGCAAAUUAUGUCUUCAGUUUUCUAAAAUACUGAAGUGAGGUAAAUCAAUCCUUUUGCUUCUGAGUUGGUGUGUAAUAACAUUUUGAAUAAUUUUGAGAUGUAUUGCAAUUAGUUAAAUGAUGAAUAGGUGUGAGCAAAUGAAGGUGUGGGACUGAGUUUUGUUUGUACAAACAAAAAAAUGUUUAAAUGCGUAUGUAUACAGUCUUUGACCUUUCAUUAGAUCACUCUUUAGAAUUUCAAAUGUUUUGUGAUUCAGUUUUGAGUGACAAUAAACCAUCCAAAUGAAGGCAACAGAA